GAGAAGCCUGAGCAAAAGAGUAAGCAGCUGUUUAAAGUUGGUCCAGGAAGGGGCUAUUGUACUGCUGGGUGUUAGAUGAGUGCCGAUCUUUCCAUACCAAUCCAACUGGGGACGCGGCUGCGUCGGAGGAGCUUCCGCGUUAGCCCCGCAGGUGGGAACUGAGUGGCUGACCGCCGGCCUCCUCCCCCAUCGCAGCUGCGGCGCGUGCAGGUGUUUGGAGGGUGGGAGGGGCUCCUCCCCCUUCGCCUCUCCAAGCUGAAGGAUUCUGCCUGUCUCCAUAAACUUUCUCCCUCCUUCCCCCCUGCAGGAAAAGGGGGGAGGGGGCACCACGUGACCCCGGGAAGGCGGGUGGGGGUUAUUCGGUGGGUCUCCCUCUCUCUCUCCCCGCCCUCCUCUCCCUCUCCUCUUCUUGGCUAGGCGUCUUCCGCUGUAGUUUCAGUCUCUCAACUCCGGCGAGGCUGGAGGGAGCUCUCGCAGGGAGAACGAGAGGGAGCCGGGGCUCGGGCGGGCGAUGCGGGCUGAGGCGUCGCCUGCUGCCCCCGGAGCUCCUCUCCGCAGCGGCUGCAGCAGUCGCACCAGUCCGACCAGGCAGAGGUGCGCGGCUCUCCCGGCAUCGCCCGGCUGCUGCUUCUGCUGAGAUCUGCCGUGCCUUGGCCAGCGUCUCCUACCGCCACCGCCAGCCCCUCCGACGGCUCCAAGAGGAUGUGGCUCCUCGCCGUGGCGACAACUUUCUGGGGAUUGUUGCUGGCGCCAGGAUUUGCUCUGCAAAUACAGUGCUAUCAGUGUGAGGAAUUUCAGCUAAAUAAUGAUUGCUCAUCCCCAGAGUUCAUAGUGAAUUGCACUGUGAAUGUCCAAGAUAUGUGUCAAAAGGAAGUCAUGGAACAAAGUACAGGGAUCCUGUAUCGCAAGUCCUGUGCAUCCUCUGCAGCUUGCCUCAUGACCUCUGCCGGAUACCAGACUUUCUGUACUCCAGGGAAGAUAAACUCUGUUUGUAUAAGCUGCUGCAAUACUCCACUCUGCAAUGGGCCCAGGCCAAAGAAGAGAGGAAACUCUGGCACCAUGCCCAGGGCUGGUGUAUUAACAACCAUACUGCUCUCUGGCUUGGCAUUUUUUACACCAGUACACUGCUGAACUCUAAUGGAAGAUUUUUUGUUGUUGUUGGCAUCGUUUUGUCCAGACACAGCUGGUUUCCAUUGUAAUGUUGCUGUUUGCUUCCAACUGCUAAAAGAAGAGUUUGAUUUGAAAAAUCCUCAGCAACUUCGUUAGCAGCAGAAUAGGUCUAGUUGUCCUGUCUUUCUGGUAAGCACUUAAAAAACAAAAAAGCCGUCACCCAUGUUGAUCCCAUAUUCAUUUAUGUUAUUGGGAACGUAGUCUAUUGAAACAAAGCACUUAAACUUGAAGGGUGCAACCACAUAGGCUGCAAAAAACCCUUUGUUGUGCUUUUUUAUUUAUUUCCAAAAAAAAUCCAAUUUUUAGCAUACUGUCUCAUCCGGCUCUGUU